GGCCUCUCCCGCCGCGUAGCACAGGCUCCGGACGCGCAGGCUCAGCGGCCAUGGCUCACGGGCCCAGCGGCUCCGCGGCAUGUGGGAUCCUCCCGGACCGGGGCACGAACCCGUGUCCCCUGCAUCGGCAGGCGGACUCUCAACCACUGCGCCACCAGGGAAGCCCCUCCUUUCUUAUUUCUGUCAGAAACAUUACUCUGUCAAUUUUAAGAUAAGAAGUUACACAAAACAUUCUUUUGCUCCGACCGAAGUUGUCUUCUUAACUUGGGGAGCUAGAGGAAAUUUUUGCUAUAGCUAUUUAGCAACCUCACCAUUUAUGAUUCGGUUGGAAGUGGACAGAAAGUUGAGCAGUAAGUGAAAAAUGGAUCUCAAAGUCUAUGUACUUUGCUCGAGGAGAAUGAAGACCCACCCUCAGAUCUGAGCCUAUGAAGAGGGAGUGUUCUGAUUGAACUCCAUGGUUAUCUGGUUUCCAUUUAGCUCUUAGCAGACAGCAAAUCAGAAACAGGGAGGGGAUUCGUGGUGGGCAGGGCCACUCAAAGUGCAUUCUUCAAGAAGUGGCACAGAAUUCAGAACCUGCAGAGACAGCAGUUAAUAGCAAUAAAGCUGUUUGGAGCCAUUUAACGUAAAGCCCCGAAGAUGUUAUCACGUUAUAGCCUAGUCAGUAAACGCUGUCCAAGAUGAUGACACUGAGUCAUCUGGAAAGAAAAAAGAACACAUAAAAUAAUGUUCAGGCAACAUCCUGAUUAGAUGGAAUGUAUUUUAGAAAAAUGUCUUCCUUAAAUGAUUAAAAAAAAGCAAAACUAGUAGAGUCAAAGCAGUGCAUUUUCAUCUUGCUUAUGUGGGGCCUGCUUAUUCUCAGAAUAUGACAGUUUUCCUACAAAACGCUUAUGGACGAGUCUCCAAUCUCCCUCAUAUCUCAAAGUCCACUAAUUAUCAUACAGCUCCUCGCACUUUGAGUGGCUUGUAUUACUAGGCUCCCAGCAUUUUUCUCUGUGUUCUCAUGUAUUAAUUCAUAGAAUACUUACAACGUCCCUGUGAGAUGGGUAAAUAUGAUUAUCAGCUUUAAAAUUAGAUGUGAGGGAAAUAUCACCUGCUGAAAGUCACACAGCUAAUCAGCGGCAGAGUCAAUCCGUUAAGCUACCUAAGUCUUCAUCUAAAUGACAGUCCCAUGAUGGAGGAGAGCUGUCUAUGCUGGGUGUCCUUCCUCACGUCUGCACUGUGCUUCAAAUGACAUUAUUUGAGACCUAUUUACUCUCUUCUUUAUUUUCCUCUGGGUACUCUCCUGUGUCUCUCUAAACUUGUGGGUCUUAGAAAUUAGCGUGAUGCUCUAAAUUCUUUUGUAUCUAAUACUUCUAGUAACAAAGUCUAAGAUAGUCUAAGAUGGCUUUGCUUUCUGGUGGCAGCCAUGUUGGAUUGAUUUCUCAUAUUAAGCUUUUAUUCAACCCUGCUUGACUGGGCAGCUGUAGUAGCUCGCUGACUGACAUCCUUGCUUCUACCCUUACCCCUCAGUGUCUGUUCUCUAACCAGCAGUGAGAGUGAUCCUGUUAAAACGUUUGCCGGAUCACUUCUCUGCUUGAAGUCCUCCAAUGUCUUGCCACAUUACUCAGAGUAGAAGCCAAAGUCCUACAGUUGUCUAUAAGGCCCUCCUUAGAGCUUCCUCUCCAUCUUCACCUCCUGCCACUUUCCCCGUGCACUGGGCUCCAGCCACAAAGGCCUCUGAUGUUUUUGAGACCUUUGCACUUGCUGUUCCCUCUGCCUGGAACAGACUCCCCUCAGAUAUUCAUGUGGCUUUCAUCCCUUCCUUCAGGUCUUUGCUCAGAUGUCAUCCUCUCAUCCCCACCCCAUCAUUCACCCUCCUCCUUUCCUGCUUAUUGUAAAGCCAUAGUGUUUACCAUCAGCUAUUUGUUUCUUCCUGCUACCCCACCUCGUAUAAUAUGAUAUCCAAGGGAACUUUUCCUGUCUUAUUCAUUAGUGUAUAUCCAGUAUCUAGAAUAGUGCCUAGCAUAGAGUAGGUGGCCAAUAAAUAAUUGUUGAAUCAAGAUUCUUUUUUUUAAUUGAAAUAUAGUUGAUUUACAAUGUUGUGUUAGUUUCUGGUAUACAGCAAAGUGAUUCAGUUAUACAUAUAUAUGUAUAUAUUCUUUUUCAGAUUCGUUUUCAUUAUAGCUUAUUACAAGAUGAAUAUACUUCCCUGUGCUAUACAGUAGGACCUUGUUGUUUAUCUAUUUUAUAUACAUGAAUCAAGAUUUUUGUUGUUUUGGGCAUGAACUGUUGUUGAUCAGAGGACUGCUUAUUUCUGUGCUGUGUGGUUCUUUCAGGGACAUUUAGAGCUAGUUGUAGAACUUUACAUUUUGUUAAAUCCCUUAUUGAAAUGGAAGAUACAAAGGAAAUGAGGCAGACAACAUCUUAUUUGUUCCUAGUGAAUCCCUAGAUAUAUAUUUGGGACCAGAGAUAUAUAUUGUCCAAGUGCAAACCGCAUUCUAAAAAUGAUAUUUCAUAGUUUUUGUCUGGCGUCAAUACCAAAGUCUUCCAUCUACCCUUCUGAAAAAUAGAACAGGUUUCCUCAAUUUCCACUCUCCUGUUUUUCUGGUUCUUCAUUCUUUCACAGAGGAUCUGUUCCUUUAGGCCAAUUGUUUUUCUGGGUCCCAUCCCCUGGGUCUUUAGUGGACUCUUUCCAUUCUCAGAAUGGUCUCAGGACACUUCUGGGCAGCUGUCAGAACAUCAGCAUCUUCUCAGUGGAAAGUCAACAAAACUUCCAAUAAUUCAGUCAUCGCUUGCAGUUGGCCAUUGUGAGCUAGUUUUCCUACAGGAUUAUUGUGACCAAAUUCUCCUAUUUCUCUCGCUCCUCAAAAUUUCUUGGCUUCUAGAUUUCUCCUGCCUCACUGUUAUCUCAGGCUCCUUGUUCAUCUGUUUUAACGUUCAGAUUUCAUAUCCUGCUUUCCCUAUUUCAAUUUGAUCACGUUAAUCUGAUUUUCUGCCUCAGUGUAUUGAAGUUGGACUACUCCCAUUUUUUUCCUGAACCCAAGAGCUUCAUUCAGGAAGCAACCUGAGUAGAGUUGUGUUUCAGCUUUUAUUAAAGUAACAUUCCACCUCUUGGUUCAGAGCCCCACACACUGCCCCCUUUUCUCUUGACCAGUUUUUCUCUUAAUGCCUGUGAAAGCGAGUGGAUCUCAGCUUCCUUGAAUGUGGAAGGAGCCUGACUGAAACUGCACUGAUCCCCUCAGCUCACUUUCUUUUAACCUUCUUGAUCAUAAUUGCUUAAAUGUGUCAAUUACUUUAUUUCUUAGAAGGAUCAUGUCUUUUGAUUCAUACCAAGGGUAGUAAGAAUCCACCUCUUUUUUUAAUAUUUAUUUAUUUGGCUGCAUCAGAUCUUAGUUGUGGCACAUGAGAUCUUUCAUUGUGGCAUGCAGGCUCUCUAGUUGUGGCACGAGGGCCCUGUAGUUGUGGCGCGUGGGCUCUAGAACCUGCGGGCUUCGCUGCCUCGUGGCAUGUGGGAUCUUAGUUCCCCAACCAGCGAUCGGACCAGGGAUCGAACCUGCGUCCCCUGCAUUGGAAGGCAGAUUCUUAACCACUGGACCACCAGGGAAGUCCCAGAAUCCACCUCUUUUUGAUGUAGCGGAACCAAAUCCAUCAUGGUCACCAAAGGCCCAUGUCCCUGUGCUGCUCUUUAUCUACACCUCCAUCAUUGCUCUUAGACUAUUGACAGCAACUUAAAGGCCUGUACUCUAGAUUCAAACUGCAUGCAUUCGUAUCCUGGCUCUACCACUUCCUGGCUGAGUAAGGUUUGGUCAUUUAUUUAAGUUCUCUGCGCCUCAGUUUCAUAAUCUGUACAAUGAUGAUAAAAAUAUUUGCCUCUAGGUUUGUUGUAAUGCUUCAAUGAGAUAUUCUAAUGCAAAGCACUUUAAACAGUUACUUAUUAUUUUUUUCCUCUUCUACAAUAACAUGUACAACUUCGGAAUAAGGAGAAGUAGUGGAAACUUUUUUUAAAGGCUUGGUUACUGCCAUUUCACCUGGACCUGGAAGACUUGUUUUUUGGGUAAAGAAAUGUUUUCCCUGUGUGAAGGUUUCAUAAUCACAGUCAAGCAGGCCCAUGAGCCCUGCCAUUUAAAGUGGCUCCUCUCUUGUACCUAUGACACUCAUACCUACACCCUGGGAAUGAGGACAGUGGUCCAGCUCCUGAGAUUCUACAGGAUAACCACUAAAGUCUCUUUGAAUUCUAUGCAAUGAUACAUGGCUAUGGGUGACCAGAACUUGAGAUGGACACUCGCUGAAUUUCGUACCAUGUGGUGGCAUUCUGAUUUCCUUGUGACCUUGACCAAGCUUUGAACAGUGCCCAACCCAAGUUCAAAGGCUGAUGAGAGAGAAAAUCUCAUGAGGAGGUUUUACUCUAGGGAAGUUGUUCAGUGGAUGGGAUCUUGGCGCACAGAGCAAGAUGUCAGGCUCUUUCUGGCUCCUUCUCAGCCUUGUUGCUGUAACGGCUGCUCAAUCCGCCACUGAGGAACGGGCCAAGACAUUUUUGCAGAAGUUUGACCGUGAAGCUGAAGACCUGUCUUAUCAAAGUUCACUUGCUUCUUGGAAUUAUAACACCAAUAUUACCGAUGAGAAUGUCCAAAAGAUGAAUGCAGCCGGGGCCAAAUGGUCUGCCUUUUAUGAAGAACAAUCCAGGAUUGCCAAAACUUAUCCACUAGAAGAAAUUCGGAAUCUCACACUCAAGCGUCAAUUGCAGGUCCUUCAGCAGAGUGGGACCUCAGUGCUCUCAGCAGACAAGAGCAAACGAUUGAACGCAAUUCUAAGUACAAUGAGCACCAUCUACAGUAGUGGGAAAGUUUUGGACCCAAAUACACAGGAGUGCUUAGUACUUGAACCAGGUUUGGAUGACAUAAUGGAAAACAGCAAAGACUACAGUCGGAGACUCUGGGCUUGGGAAGGCUGGAGGGCUGAGGUCGGCAAGCAGCUGAGGCCAUUAUAUGAAGAGUAUGUGGUCCUGGAAAACGAGAUGGCCAGAGCCAACAAUUAUGAGGACUAUGGGGACUAUUGGAGAGGGGAUUAUGAAGUGACGGGGGCAGGUGACUAUGACUACAGCCGCGACCAGUUGAUCAGAGAUGUGGAACGUACCUUUGCAGAGAUUAAACCAUUAUAUGAACAACUUCACGCUUUUGUGAGGGCAAAGUUGAUGGAUGCCUACCCUUCCCGUAUCAGUCCGACUGGAUGCCUCCCUGCCCAUUUGCUUGGUGAUAUGUGGGGGAGAUUUUGGACAAAUCUGUACCCUUUGACAGUCCCCUUUGGAGAGAGACCGAGCAUAGAUGUUACCAAAGAAAUGCAGAACCAGUCCUGGGAUGCAAAGAGGAUAUUCAAGGAGGCUGAGAAGUUCUUUGUGUCUAUUGGCCUUCCUAAUAUGACUCAAGGAUUCUGGGAUAACUCCAUGCUAACUGAGCCAGGCGAUGGCCGGAAAGUGGUCUGCCACCCCACAGCAUGGGACCUGGGGAAGGGUGACUUCAGGAUCAAAAUGUGCACAAAGGUGACGAUGGAUGACUUCCUGACAGCCCAUCACGAGAUGGGGCACAUCCAGUAUGACAUGGCGUAUGCCACACAGCCCUACCUGUUCAGAAAUGGAGCUAAUGAAGGUUUCCAUGAAGCUGUUGGGGAAAUCAUGUCACUUUCUGCAGCUACACCUCACUAUCUGAAAGCGCUUGGUCUUCUGCCCCCUGAUUUUUAUGAAGACAGUGCAACAGAAAUAAACUUCCUGCUCAAACAAGCACUUACUAUUGUUGGAACUCUACCGUUUACCUACAUGUUAGAAAAGUGGAGGUGGAUGGUCUUUAAGGGUGAAAUACCCAAAGAGCAGUGGAUGCAAAAGUGGUGGGAGAUGAAGCGAGAGAUAGUCGGGGUGGUGGAGCCUCUGCCCCAUGAUGAAACAUACUGUGACCCCGCGUGUCUGUUCCAUGUUGCUGAAGAUUACUCAUUCAUCCGAUAUUACACAAGGACCAUUUAUCAAUUCCAGUUUCAUGAAGCCCUUUGUCAAACAGCUAAACAUGAAGGUCCCCUGUACAAAUGUGAUAUCUCGAAUUCCACCGAAGCUGGGCAGAGGCUGCUCCAAAUGCUGCACCUUGGAAAAUCAGAACCCUGGACCUCAGCAUUGGAACGUAUUGUGGGAGUAAAGACUAUGGACGUAAAACCACUGCUCAACUACUUUGAGCCGUUGUUGACCUGGCUGAAAGAGCAGAACAGGAAUUCAUUUGUGGGAUGGAGAACAGACUGGACUCCAUAUUCUAACCAAAGCAUCAAAGUGAGGAUAAGCCUCAAAUCAGCUCUUGGAGAAAAAGCUUAUGAAUGGAAUGACAAUGAAAUGUACUUGUUCCGGUCAUCUGUUGCAUACGCCAUGAGAGAGUAUUUUUCAAAAGUCAGAAACAAGACCAUUCCUUUUGGGGAGAAGGACGUGUGGGUGAGUGACUUGAAGCCAAGAAUCUCCUUCAACUUCUUUGUCACUUCACCUAAAAAUAUGUCUGACAUCAUUCCUAGAACUGAAGUUGAAGAGGCCAUCAGGAUGUCCCGGGGCCGUAUCAAUGAUGCUUUCCGCCUGGAUGACAGCAGCCUGGAGUUUCUGGGGGUUCAGCCGACGCUGGCACCCCCUUACGAGCCACCUGUCACCGUAUGGCUGAUUAUCUUUGGGGUCGUGAUGGGAGUGGUAGUGAUUGGUAUUGUUGUGCUCAUCUUCACUGGCAUCAGAGAUCGAAGAAAGAAAAAUCAAGCAAGCAGUGAAGAAAAUCCUUAUGGCUCCGUGGGCUUGAGUAAAGGAGAAAAUAAUCCAGGAUUCCAAAAUAGUGAUGAUGUUCAGACUUCGUUUUAGAAAAAUCUCUUUUAUUUCCUCUUGAGGUGAUCUUAUUGUAUGUAAAUGUUAAUUUCACAGUACAGAACAUAGGAGAUUAUAAGGAUGUCAUUAAAUGUCAAAGCUGUGUCUCUGUUCAGGAAAAGUUGUCCAAAGAAGACAUGCCUGAGGAGAGGGCAUCUUCACUUGCAUCGCCUUUAGUAUUUGUUUCUGCCUCGGGAUUUGACUUUUCUGUUUCCUGAAAGAGGUGUUUCUAUGUUUCUCUAAGAGAAUAGAGAAAGUUUGUCUUUCGCCUCACACGCUGUUCAGGGGUAAUAGAAAUGGAAAUGUCCGUUGUGUUGCUGGAGUUGAAAAGAAAGGAGACAUGGCAGGAGCAGGUGUUGGGCUCUGGUGUGGAACCUGGGUGGAUCACUCUUAAAGACGGUGCCUGUGAACAGACGGAGCUGCAGGGAUGGAGAACAGCACGCACUGUUCACUUGGAUUGAAUUCAAGUGUAAAGGAUGUCAUGCUCUCUUCACAUUAACUUGAUCUAAGUACUCUAGUGAUUUCCCCCAGUGAUGAUUGGACUGGAACAUGCCUUCUUCAGGGUGACAGGGCUACAGAAGAGAGAAGAAUCCAGAGAGCCAUUGGAGGACAUUGCCUUCUCACUUCCAAGCUGCCUGAUCACCAUCUUCCUGACAACAUCAAACUAGCCCCAGGGGCCUCUGUGAACCCCCCUCCGGAGCACCCGUGAUAGAAACUCGCUUCCGCUGCUCUCUAACCGUGGAGUGCAUGGAGAUCCCAACUGAAUGUCACCCUCUGAAGUGGGCUCCCAAUCUCUUAAAUCUUUUGUAUUUGCCCACAAUGUCUGAGUAGUGCUGAGCAC